AAUAUGCUCUGCUCUGGCGUACAUGAAAAGUUCUCCUCACAUAGAUUAAUUUUGCACCAUUUCAUUUGUUUCAGGAUCAACUCUUGUGUAAAUUUAAACUACUUUCUUAAGAAUCUGUAAGAGAAGUGCUUUUAAAAGAUAUUUACCACAUAGGUAUUCUUAAUAAUUUCCUACGUUUGUAACAGAAUGUGUGACAUAAACCAAAACCAGAGGUCUUAGCUAGUUCAAGCUAGUAUCGUAGGUCUGACCAAAAGCAAACUCAGUUCUCUGUGUGUAAACUUCAGUCGAUUUUACAGAGGAAUUAAACUAUGAAUGUGUUAGAUCUUCAUUUCAGUCCUAUUCCAACGGCAUAGUUGGCAUAAUGUUUUUUCCUAUAUAUCAAUAGUCUUGUUCUGUGCAUGCAUAACAUUUCAAUUAAUACCUCCUCAGCUGCCUAAAGGUCUGAUGAGGUACAUGUUAGCACUUUGAUUGCUUUUUCAUACAUUAUUGCCCCUGCAUUUGAGACUUGGAUGUUACAUGAUCAUGAUAAGAAGUAAUUACAGAAGACGAAUGAAGAAAUUGCGUCCUAUGAAGAGCAGAAGUACUCGAUUCUGAGAAAACUCUUAAAGCUCUUCUAACUUCAGAGCUGGAGAAAAGCAUGAGGGAACAAUCCGUCUGACUCAGUAUCUUGCACAGAACACAAAAUGGCUCUUCAAAAGAAAACUGUUGCUGGUGUCUUGGAGGAGUGGCAUUUGGAGGAACCGCUGUUCGGUUGCAGACGGCACCAGAAUGUUAGGAAAAAACUGAGACCAAUACGAAUUAUAGGUCUUCUUGUUAGUGUAGUGGCCAUGAGCACUUUCUCUUUUUCAAUUAGUGCCUUUUUCAAGAUGGAGCCACAGAGCAUGGCAUUGGCCAGCAGCCUCGAUAGCCAAAAGCUAGUGCAUGGGCACCAAAGAACUCUGUUGGAUUUCACAGAACAGAAUGAAAACGGCAGUCCAGACCCAUCCACUGCUAUGAAAUAUGAAGUUGAACAUGACAAUGCAACAGAUGAUCAUGCCAAGGGAGAAUACCCCAAUGACCUUUUCUCUCUGGAGGAGAGAAGGAAGGGAGCAGUGAUUCUCCAUGUAAUUGGAAUGAUUUACAUGUUUAUAGCCUUAGCCAUAGUCUGCGAUGAGUUCUUUGUUCCUUCCUUGACCGUCAUAACAGAAAAACUGACUAUAUCUGAUGAUGUGGCAGGGGCAACCUUCAUGGCUGCUGGUGGGUCAGCUCCAGAACUGUUCACUUCUUUAAUAGGAGUGUUUAUAUCCCACAGCAAUGUUGGCAUUGGCACAAUAGUGGGAUCUGCUGUGUUCAAUAUUCUGUUUGUUAUUGGAAUGUGUGCUUUAUUUUCUAGAGAGAUCUUGAACCUUACUUGGUGGCCACUCUUUCGAGAUGUGUCCUUUUACAUCAUUGACUUGAUCUUGCUAAUCAUCUUUUUUCUGGAUAACUUGAUCAUGUGGUGGGAAAGCUUAACACUUCUGACAGCAUAUUUUUGCUAUGUGACUUUCAUGAAGUUCAACGUUCAAGUGGAAGAAUGGGUGAAGAAGUUUUUAAACAGGAACAAGGUUGAGAAGGUAACAGCAGCAGAUGCUGAAGGAAAGGUUGGUCAGUUUUUAAUUAGUAUGUAUGCAAUAAUGUCCUUAUAUAAGUGCUGAGUCCUUCUGUAUCAUACAGACCCCAAUAUAGCAGAGUAAGCAAUAUUCAACAGUUCCAUGUUUUUCUAAAAAGGUCUUUAUGUGUAAUUCGUUCAAUAGGAUUGAAAAUGUAAAACAUGAGGCAGCCUUCUAGUAAAUCAAUACCUUUUAACUCCCAAACGAUCCUAAUCACACAGAAAUCCAGAAAAAAUGAU